AGCUCUGCUCCUCGUGGCGCCUCUCCGCUCUCUGAUCUCUACCUCCCCCCUGCUGGAAGAGGGAUGGCAUCUAGACUGCAGCAACUGCGAUCUAAGGCCGUGCAAGCCUCGGAGUUCGUGUCUAAGCACGGAUGCACUUAUUACAAGGAGCUUAUGGAGGAGAACAAGCGGCAUGUCGUUCAACCGCCGACCAUCGAGAAGUGCCAGGAGCUGUCAAAGCAGCUCUUUUACACACGUCUUGCUAGCAUUCCUGUUCGAUACGAGUCAUUCUGGAAGGAGCUUGAUGGCAUGAAGCACAUAUGGAGAAACAGAAAGGAUAUCAAAGUUGAGGAUGUUGGCAUCGCAGCAUUGUUUGGGCUCGAGUUGUAUGCCUGGUCCUGUGUUGGUGAGAUUGUUGGAAGAGGAUUCACUUUUACUGGCUACUACGUUUGAUCCCCUGAUUAUAACGCAAUUAGACAAGCUGUUUGCUUAGAUUUUUUUUUAAAUUUUUGGCUUUUCCAUAAUGAAUCUUUUGCCUUAAUUUUUUAUUUUGCUCAUAAAUUUAUUAAGCUGCUAGUCAGCUGGACAAAUGUUGAUCCCUAAAUAAUCUGGAGGCAUGUAUCUCUUCUGAGUUCACAAAUAUCUCUGCGAUUGCAGAGACGUCAUUUAUAUGAGCAGGUUGUAUAAAA